GAAAGGAGCAAAAUGAAAUUUGACAACAUACUGUCAGACAUCAAUGGCUUUGGAAAAUUCCAAAUCAGAUUAGUCCUGAUACAGUUCUUAUCUCGGAUCACAUUGCCGUGUCACUUCCUGCUGAAUAACUUCAUGGCAGGGGUUCCCUCUCACCACUGCAACAUCAGCGCUCUGGAUAAUGAAAGCAUCUUCUUCAAUUUGACUUUGGAACAGAAGUUGGCGCUUAGUACGCCAGUAGAGGAAGAUGGGACACCAAGUUCCUGUCUGAUGUUUUCAAAGCCUCGACAUCCACAUAUGUUGAACAGCAGUAAGGACUCAUUGCUUGUUCAGUGUCAGAAUGGAUGGGUGUAUGACAACAGCAACUUUAAAUCGACAUUGGCAACGGAGUGGGAUCUCGUAUGCCACCGGAAAGGCAUGAAUAAGGCGACAGCCACCAUCUUCUUCAUUGGCGUUAUGUUUGGAGCCCCUUUGUUUGGAUUUCUGAGUGACAGGUUUGGCAGGCGGCGGAUGCUCUUGCUGUCCUAUCUCUCAUCAAUGCUGUUUGCAGUGCUAAGUGCAUUCUCCACUUCCUAUAUACUGUUUGUAGUUAUGCGCUUUUUUACCGGGAUGUCGCUCGCUGGAAUAAGCAUCAUCUCUUUUGUUCUCAAUAUAGAGUGGUUUGGUGUGGAGCAAAGGACCCUCUAUGGUAUAAUCUUCAGCCUUGAUUGGACAGUCGGAUCCUGGAUUCUGGCUGGAUUUGCAUACUUGGUGAAUGAGUGGAGGCCCCUCAUUCUGGCUGUUACCUCGCCACUGUUAUUGGCGCUGGUUGGUUGGAGGUGGCUUCCAGAGUCGGCCCGGUGGCUCAUGGCUAACGGGAAGGUAGAUGCUGCUCAUUAUUACAUCAGUCAAUGUGCAAAGAUGAACAACAGAGCCAUGCACAUGACCACCAUUACUCCAAGGACAUUACUGGAGUUUGUAGAGGAUAAAAAAGAUGACAGAACGUACACUUCUAUUGAUCUUUUCAGAACAUCAAACAUGAGGAAAAUUGCCAUAUGUUCAGGCAUCGUAUGGUUUGGGGUUGCAUUUACUUAUUAUGGGAUAAGUCUGAAUAUCACCGGGUUUGGAUUAAACCCAUACCUUACACAGUUUGUAUUUGCAUCCAUCGAAAUGCCAGUGAAGAUCGGCCUGUAUUUCUUCCUGGAAAAAAUGGGAAAACGGCUGGCCCAGUCGGCCACCUUGCUGUUGACAGGGCUCUUUCUUUUUAUCAACAUGUUUGUUGCAAAAGAAAAGUGGGCCAUUCGUACAGUUUUGGGAGUCCUAGGCAGAGCCAUGUCCGAAGCAUCAUUCACAGUCAUAUUCUUCUUCACAACUGAACUCUAUCCGACAGUUGUACGACAGAAUGGCUUAGGCUACACUUCCUUUGUGGCACGACUGGCUGUGUCCAUAUCUCCACUGAUCGUGCUUCUGGAGGACGUGUGGCAUCUCCUACCAUCCAUGAUCUACUGCACAAUGGCAGUGGUUUCUGGUUUAGUGGCUUUACUCCUACCUGAAACGCACAAUACCAGAUUGCCUGAGUUCAUUGAGGAUGUUGAUAAACCGAGGAAGAUAUCAACAAGGGGGAAGGCAAUCUAAUGAAGAAACAAAAUCCUG